UGGUGAUAGCACUAUCAAGCAGCAUGCAUGACUGCAGUCACGCGGCGGCUCGCCGAACAAGAUCACGGAAUUGUCUCACCCCGAAAUCUGUCCUUAAAAGGUCCUUGCAUCUUAGUAUUAGUCGAAGCUGUGAGCUCUUCCUGUCUUGAAAGCAUUUGCUCUUUGUGACUUUGAACCAGAAUGGUAGAAAAGAUGCAGGAUCGCGAUCACUACGAUUACAUUAUCUGCGGGGGAGGUACCUCAGGAUGUGUUGUGGCAGGGCGCCUGGCUGAGAAUCCCCAAGUUCGAAUCCUCGUUAUUGAGGCUGGACAGCAUAAUAAAGAUCUGGAGAGUGUUCACAUGGCUGGGGGGUGGCCUAUCAAUCUCGAUAAAGAAACAGACUGGAACAUCGUUACUCCACCAAUGCCUGGUGUUGACAACCGGCAGGUCAAGUUGAGUAGAGGCAGGUUCUUGGGCGGCAGCAGCGGUUGCAACGGAACCCUCUGUAUUCGCGGAUGUAAGCAAGACUAUGACGACUGGGGCCUAGACGGAUGGAGUGGUGAAGAGUUCUUUGGAUACAUGCGAAAGGCCGAGACUUUCCAUUCCAAGCCCUGGUUCAAAGCCAAUGAUGAGUUCCACGGGCAGUCUGGGCCUUUGCAUCUCGAGCCACACGACCUUGCACCAAUCAGCAAUCUUAUCAUGGACUCUUUUGUCUCACAGGGUCUUCCACUUGACCAUGACAUGUUUACAACUGGGGAGACGCCGCAUGGGUGCGGCCAUGUGCCACGAACAGUGCACAAUGGUAUCCGUACGACAAGUAGUGAUUUUAUCACCAAGGGGUACCUUCGGUCCAAUAUCACUGUCAUGACUGACACCACAGUCGACAGGAUUCUCAUGAGACACGGCUCCAACGACUUGAAAGCUGAAGGAGUGGUGGUGAUCACGCCGGCUGGCCCUAAGUCUAUUUAUGCGAAGAAAGAGAUUAUUGUCAGCGGCGGGGCAUAUUGCAGCCCAGCAAUUCUCAUGAGGUCUGGAAUAGGUCCCAGGGAGGAGCUAAACAAGCAUGGCAUUGAAUGCCAGGUGGAAUUGCCUGGAGUGGGACAGAAUCUCCUCGAUCACAUGAUUGUUUUCAUCUUCUACGAGACAACAAAAGCGGGCUUGACAACCGAUUACCUCGUGCAUCACGGUGACAGCUUCGAGAAAAGCUAUGCACUAUGGAAGGAGAAGAAGGAAGGGUUCCUUUCGACAGUCCCAUUCGGUGCCUUCGCAUUUGCGCGGCUUGACGAUCGUCUCAAGGACGAGCCACUUUGGAGGGAUGCACCACGAGAGCCCGGUCGUGACCCCAUGGGUCUGACACCGAAGCAGCCAAAUAUUGAAUUCUUCACUACGGAAUGCUAUGGUGGUCCGAAACAGUACGAUCAAUUUCCUAUCGACCACAAGCAUGCAUUCUCCAUCAUUGCAGAAUUGUUUUCUCCGCGAUCGCGAGGGAGCGUGACACUAUCUUCUAAGGAUCCGCAUGAUAAUCCUAUCGUGGACUGCAAUUAUCUUUCUGAUCCACUGGACCUCCUAGUAAUCACGGAAGCAUGCAAAUUUGCCAAUGAGAUCAUCAUGAAAGGGGCCGGAACGAAAGACAUCGUGAAAGGGUCGUGGCCACCCAGUCUGACUCAUCAUGCAUACACGGAAAGAGAACAAUGGGUUCCUUAUGUCAAGGAGCACGGAACGACUUGUUAUCAUGCAGGAGGAACUUGCGCCAUGGGCAAGGAUAGCGACCCAAACGCUGUGCUUGACAAUAGGUUAAGGGUGCGUGGGGUAUCUGGAUUGCGUGUUGCUGACUGCAGUGUCAUGCCAACCCUGAAUGGAGGCCAUACCCAAAUGCCGGCUUACGGGAUUGGUGAGAAAUGCGCUGACCUCAUCAAGGAGACCUGGAGCGCAACUCCACUGGGAGGGGUGUCAAAGCUAUGAGUGCAUUGCUUUCCUUUCUUCAUGCUUUCACUUUUCGGGUGUACGCAGUAUGCAACUCGCGCCAAUUGGCUCUUUGUCCUAACUUGUGCGCUUUUCAGCCCAGCCCUGUAUGAAUUGUGCCUGAUCUGUUGGUCAGGCAUUUGUUAUUGAUUAUCUCACCAUGUACUCGCGAUGAGAACUCGAACAUCAACAUAAGAUGUAACGACUAGAGUGCAUGCACCCUUGAAAUAUAAUAACCUU